AUGACGCCUCUGGCAUCCGAAUCCGAUGUUCACUAUACCGUCUUCGUGCGACUGCCGUUCCCUCGAGGUGACUUUAUUGAUCCUCCGCCUGCAAACUGGAACCUCGUCAAAGAUCGCGCGUUAUGGGAAAUCCUUUCACAGCCAUCCAAGGGCAAUGAUAUAGACUGGAAAGCCAUCGCCGAUGACUUCAACGUCACCCUUCCGUUCCUUCUCCAGCAAGCCGCAUGGCUUUACGAUCGUCAACUAUCCCAAGUCCGAGCGCAAAUGCUAAAAGUCGGCAAUACACAUUCACAAUCAACGUCUAUAGCACCAGGGCCAACUCCGGGAUCAGUUUCUGGAAGUGGCGCAUUAGGUGGACAACCCAUGAGGAGAGUCGGCAGUGGUGGUUCUCGUGUCCCGUCUAGGUUAUCCGUUGUUCAGAAAGAGACCCAACCGUCGAGGGUGGAAAGUAGCGCCUCUACGACGAAAGCUAAGACACCAUCCAUCCGAACAAAUUCUGCAAACAACGUCACUCAAACACAAGUAGCGGCUGAAACGAUAGAGAAACUGGCUCCAGAAAAACCAUUCAGUGGCCGAGAUUUACCCCGACGCGAGAGACCAGGUCUGGCUAUUCUUCAGAAAACACCCCAAACAACUCAACCGGUCGACGAUAGCCCGUCAUUGUCGCCCGGGUCCGAUACCGACUCCGAGUUAGGUGAUGACGACGACGAUAGCGAUGAAAAUGAUAUGCUGACGAGUCGGCGACUGCCUGGUGUUCGUCGAUUCGGGAAGUAUUCCAUGCACAAACCUAGCUUAAGGGACAAUCUGGAUGAUGACGAUGAUGACUCGCCUGCAUUCCUACCUCUAGCACGUGAAAAUGAAGUCAACGUUCAGCAUAUGAACUCGACACUUCGGCAACAAAACAAUAUACCCGAGACGUCGCGCCGACAAAUGGCAGGCUAUACUCCCUCACAUCGUCGGGAGUUGGUAAGUCUCGAUAGCUCAGCAAGUUCUGGUGUAGCAAUAGGCAGUCCGCGGGCCGGACCCCAACGUUCAACAGAGCCACUAAGUCCGCGACGAGUUGCGAAUUUGUCCCGGCAGAGUUCGAGACAGCAAGGUUCGGCGAAUCAAAGUAGUGAAGAAACGCCCAGUAUGGGUAGUAGUUUUAGUGACCUAGAUGAUGCGAGCGUCACACAAUCGGCUCUCGAAGAAGCUCUUUUGAGCAAUAUGCAACAUGGAGGGAUGGCGAGUCGAAUGAGCACGAUUAGCCAAGCGCUUCGCAGUCGGUACUUGUGA